AUGGACAACAAGACAGAAGUGAUGCAGUUUAUCCUUGUAGGACUAACUGAUAACCCAGAAUUGCAUAUCCCUCUCUUUAUAAUGUUCACUCUGAUUUAUCUCACAAAUGUGGUUGGAAAUCUGGGGAUGAUUCUGCUGAUUCUCAUGGACUCUCAUCUACACACUCCCAUGUAUUAUUUUCUCAGUAACUUGUCUCUGGUAGACUUGUGUUACUCUUCAGCUGUCACUCCCACAGUCGUGGCUGGGUUUAUUACAGGAGACAAGAUCAUUUCCUACAAUGCAUGUGCUGCUCAGAUGUUCUUUUUUGCAGCUUUUGCCACUACAGAAAAUUUUUUCUUGGCAUCAAUGGCUUAUGACCGCUAUGCAGCAGUGUGCAAACCCCUGCAUUACACCACCACCAUGACAACAAGUAUGUGUGCACGUCUGAUCAUAGGCUGCUAUGCCUGUGGUUUUUUGAAUGCUUCCAUCCACGUUGGGAACACAUUCCGUCUUCCCUUCUGUAUGUCCAAUGUGGUCCAUCACUUUUUCUGUGAUAUUCCAGCAGUCUUGGCUCUGUCUUGCUCUGAUAGGCUUGUGAGUGAGUUGGUUCUUCUUUAUGUAGCCAGCUUCAAUGUCUUUUUUGCUCUCCUGGUCAUCUUGAUAUCCUACUUAUUCAUAUUUAUAACCAUCCUAAACAAGCACUCAUCUGCAGGAUACCAGAAGGCUUUAUUCACCUGUGCCUCCCACCUCACUGCAGUCUCCAUCUUCUAUGGGACUCUUAUUGUAAUGUACUUACAGCCGAGCUCCAGUCAUUCCAUGGACACAGACAAAACGGCGUCUGUGUUCUAUAGUAUGAUUAUCCCCAUGCUCAACCCUGUUGUCUAUAGCCUGAGAAACAAGGACGUCAAGAGUGCAUUCAAAAAGGUUCUUCUGGAGACAAAAUUGUCUGUAUGUUUGUGA